CCUCUGAAGCAGCGGCCAGUACCUUUGACCACCAGCCUUUCUAUUCAACCUUCAAUCUCAUUCUCAAGAAUAUUAACUGAAAUGGCUGGAGGAUUGAUCCACCAGGUCUUAAGGAGGAAACUUCAAUCUCAGUCUGCUAUUCCAGCUUUGUCAUGGUUUACGUCAAGGAAAGUUAAUGAGGAUGCCGGAUCUACUGGUAUGAGGACAGUUGCACUCCUUGGAGCUGGAAUUUCAGGUUUGCUAGGUUUUGCAACAAUGGCAUCUGCUGAUGAGGCUGAACAUGGGUUACAUGUUCCUAAUUAUCCUUGGCCUCACAAGGGUAUCCUCAGUUCCUAUGACCAUGCUUCGAUUCGUCGUGGUCACCAGGUUUACCAACAAGUGUGUGCAUCCUGCCACUCUAUGUCUCUAAUUUCAUACCGCGAUUUGGUUGGCGUUGCAUAUACAGAAGAGGAGACAAAGGCUAUGGCAGCUGAGAUUGAGGUGGUUGAUGGACCUAACGAUGAGGGUGAGAUGUUUACUCGUCCUGGUAAACUCAGUGACCGUUUUCCUCAGCCAUAUGCAAAUGAACAAGCAGCUAGGUUUGCUAAUGGAGGAGCUUAUCCUCCAGAUCUAAGUCUCAUUACCAAAGCUCGUCAUAGUGGCCAGAAUUAUGUGUUUGCCCUUCUAACUGGUUACCGUGACCCUCCUGCUGGCGUUUUGAUUCGAGAGGGGUUACAUUAUAAUCCUUACUUUCCUGGGGGAGCAAUUGCCAUGCCUAAAAUGCUUAUUGAUGGUGCUUUGGAGUAUGAAGAUGGCACCCCUGCAACAGAAGCUCAGAUGGGGAAAGAUGUGGUGACAUUUUUGUCAUGGGCAGCAGAACCAGAAAUGGAAGAAAGGAAAAUGAUGGGUUUUAAAUGGAUAUUUGUAUUGUCAUUGGCAUUACUUCAAGCUGGUUAUUACCGGCGCAUGAAGUGGUCUAUUUUCAAAUCUCGCGGCUGGUAG